UAGAAUGGAACAGCCGACCGGCGAGCAGGAUGAGCUCAACCUUGAACUCACCCUCCCCAUCCCGGCUGCACCGGGUCCCGACGAGGGCUUCUUCCUCUGCGCGCACUGCGACCGUAAGUUCCGCAGCUCGCAGGCGCUCGGCGGCCACCAGAACGCGCACAAGCACGAGCGCAGCGUGGCCAAGCGCCGGCGGCUGAUUGCCGCCGCAGCGCGCACGGAUGGUGCCGGUGCGCCUACUGCAGUGGAGGAUGAGGGCCAGACGGGGUAUGGCGGCAGAGGCGGCGGCGAUUUCCGGUCUGCGGAUGGAAAGGCGAGAAGGACCGAGCCGUGGAAGUCAGCCGCUGUUGGGAAGGCCUGCGAGCGUGGCAGGACAUCGUCGGAGCACGGCGCCGCCGACGAUGUGGACUUGGCUCUCAGGCUAUGAUCGAUCUGCUCAUGUGUUCUUGAUCACGGCCCAGUUCCCCACCCUGAUUUGCUAGUUGACCUCGCACAUCCGCGCUGUUUCGGUAUGCCAAGGUUUUCUUUCCUGAUACAUAUGUACUUGUGAAACUGCUUCUAUGCUUGCCUGUUUCAAGCUCUGCGUGUGUUGGAUUCAUACGUUCUUCUUUCAGUUGAGUUUUUUCUCAUGAAAUUCCUUGACCAGAAAGAACGUUUGGUAAUUUACUUUCAUUCGUUCGAA